AUUGAUCUCACCCUUUAUUCAACAUACCUAUUGUUUUCUUUCCCCCAUUCACCCAUUCAAUUUUCUUUUUGCUAAUGGUGAUACUCUUUGGAAUAUCCUUCUUACGAUCUUUGCCCAACUUCCCGUCUAAUUUUGAGUAUCGUAUAUCCACCCACCAACACACGAAAAUCGAGAGUCUCUACAGCACCACAAGAACUCCAUCCCGAACUCGGAACUGAUAUGUGCUGGCGAUGCUUCGACUCAUAGCCUACCUCCUCCUCCUCCUAGCUGGACCAUCCGCAGCCAUGAUGGCCGCCUGGCUUACGGAUAUGGGGCCACAGGUGGUCAUCCAAAACCAGUCUUCCGGUGCUCUCCAAUACAAUUAUUGCAGCAACAAUACUGUCGAGCUGAACUUCCCCUCCAACUCACCUCUCGAGUUAAACACGAACCCGGCUCCGAAGCCAGGUACAAGUGUCGCUGGUGUCGGCUGGUUCGACGCUGUCACAACCUGGGCGUGCCUCUGGUAUCAGGAUAAUGCCAAUAGGCUUGUCUAUGCCCGGUAUGGGUGCAAUCUCACCACAAGUGAAUUCGACCUCCACGAGUCUGAAGUUCUCACCGAGUCUCCCGUGGCAUUCCCCGCGGGCAUAAGCCUUCAUAACGAAACCGGCUUAACCGCCGAGCUCCUAGGGGCAGAGGAGGGUAUCCGAGUCUACUUCCACGACAAGGACUCGUUCAUUCACGAGCUGUCUUUUCAGAACCCCACUGGUUGGCGCUACGGCGGUUACGUUUCUUCGCAACCGGCAACCGGCCUCUCCCUCACGUCCUCUGUGUCAGGUGAGGGGGAAAUUACCAUCGUAUCGCCCAAGGGCAGUGAUUCGUUUGACGUGUUCAUAAACCAAGGCGACGCCCCCGGAGUUUGGCAGUCCGCUCUAUCUUUGCAGGAAGAAGACGUGCUACCUACCUGGCCAGGCAACACAACUUCAGUCGCCCUCGCUGUAGAUGCGGAAUCCAAACGCUCUCUCUUCUACAUCGGGACCGAUUCGCUCCUCCACCAAAUCACCUCUUCUUCGGGCGAUCCAACGACGUGGACACUUGAGCCCCAACAGCCGGAAUCGGUUUGGCCGAGAGCUUACACUCGGUCUGCUGACCUUGUACUCGCCUCUCUUCGCGGCACAGAUUCCACCCGGCUGUAUUAUCAGAACUCGGUGGAUGAAUGGUCCGAGGUUCACUUUGACGGCGAAAACUGGGUUUCGGCGACCAAGAUACGCCAUGCCACCCUCCCCUCCGAGUCCGCGACUCCCGCUAUCGUCCCUGAGCCAGAGACGAAAGGAAACACCUCCGAAGAUCGCGAAUUGGACAACGAAUCGGACAACGAAUCGGACAACGAAUCGGACAACGAAUCUGGUUUGUCUGCUUCUAAGAAAGCAGCCAUCGGUGCCUCGGUCAGUAUAGUGGCGGUGGUCCUUCUAUCAGCCGGUGCAAUUGUCCUCUGCCGCCACAGACGAGCACGACAGAAAGGCCGAGGGCGUGGGUCCCGCCGCACGUUUCGCAGCCCGGUAUUCCCGCAUGUGCGUCCGUAUAGCGAGUUUGGGACCUUGACUUGGGAUGAAGAGAACCCAGAGGAGCCUAAACAGGGCCGCAAGCGGGCAUGGAGUUGUUGAGCCAUUCACACAGCACGGUCGGUCUUCCUUGGUUGAGUGAAAAAUGAUGGAAGAUGGGAAUUCCUCAUUUCCUUUCGAUAGGAU